CCAGAAGAUGCUUCAGUGGUGAUACCUCUUUCACAAUGCAAGUUAUGAAUGAAAUUCAUUAACUAACAUCCCUUCCUCACCCUGAUCUCCAAUAGACUUCCUGUAGCACUUGGAAGAAAGGGUCAGGGGAGAAGGGUUGAAGGUCACCAUGAAGCUAAAGCAGCGAGUAGUGCUGCUGGCCAUCCUCCUUGUCAUCUUCAUUUUCACAAAAGUUUUCCUCAUUGACAACUUGGACACCUCAGCUGCCAACCGGGAAGACCAGCGCGCCUUUCACCGUAUGAUGGCAAGCCUCCAUGUAGAACUGGACCCCCGACUUGACCAUACGUUGCAGUCCCCUUGGGAGAUUGCAGCCCAGUGGGUGGUGCCCCGAGAGGUGUAUCCCGAAGAGACACCUGAGCUUGGGGCUGUUAUGCAUGCCAUGACAACCAAGAAAAUAAUAAAAGCUGAUGUGGGAUACAAAGGGACCCAACUGAAAGCUUUGCUAAUACUUGAAGGAGGACAGAAGGUUGUCUUCAAACCCAAGAGAUAUGCCAGGGAUUAUGUAGUGGAAGGGGAACCAUACGCUGGCUAUGACAGACACAACGCAGAAGUGGCAGCUUUUCACUUGGACAGAAUUCUCGGGUUCCGACGAGCUCCACUGGUGGUUGGCAGGUUUGUGAAUUUACGUACAGAGAUUAAACCAGUAGCCACAGAGCAGCUUCUGGGUACCUUCAUGACUGUGGGUAAUAACACUUGCUUCUAUGGGAAGUGCUACUAUUGUCGGGAAACAGAACCAGCUUGUGCAGAUGGGGACAUCAUGGAGGGGUCAGUGACCCUCUGGCUUCCAGAUGUCUGGCCUCUUCAGAAACAUCGGCACCCAUGGGGUAGGACUUACCGUGAAGGCAAACUUGCCAGGUGGGAGUAUGAUGAAAGCUAUUGUGAUGCUGUGAAGAAGACUUCACCAUAUGACUCGGGCCCUCGUCUCCUUGAUAUCAUUGACACUGCGAUCUUUGACUAUUUGAUUGGGAAUGCUGACAGGCAUCACUAUGAGAGUUUCCAGGAUGAUGAAGGAGCCAGUAUGCUCAUCCUCUUGGAUAAUGCCAAAAGCUUUGGAAAUCCUGCCCUGGAUGAAAGAAGCAUCUUGGCUCCUCUUUAUCAGUGCUGCAUUAUCCGGGUUUCUACCUGGAACAGACUUAAUUACCUGAAGAAUGGAGCAUUGAAGUCUGCCUUAAAAACUGCUAUGUCGCAUGACCCCAUCUCACCAGUGCUUUCUGACCCUCAUCUGGAUGCCCUAGACCAGCGGCUUCUCAGCAUUCUGGCUACAGUGAAGCAGUGCACAGACCAGUUUGGGCCAGAUGUUGUGCUGGUGGAAGACAGGAUGACUCUGUCUCAUUUGUAAUUGUAGUGGAACACAGAUGAAACUCCUUUUUUACAAACAGACAAACAGAAAAGUGAUAGAAAAACAGCACAAUCAGUUCAGAAAGGCUGCGGCCAAGAUGGACUGAAAUGAACAGGAAAGCUUCCUAGCCAGAGAAACAGAGGUGACGCUGGCUUUUACCUUGGGCUGACAGCAGUGAGAGGUGGGAAUUUGUAGCCUUGGAUAGCUCAGUACUUGUAAUGGCAUCUUGGUCAUUGUGGUGUGUGUCCAUUGCUGGCAGUGGACGUUGCACUGGAUAAAAGUGGCUCUUGAUAUUGGUGGAAGUGUGUGGAAUACAGACACUAAUUUGUAGACCGAAUCUAGAGGGAACAAAUGGAGAUGAACAGUACGAUCCUCUGCCCUUCUCUUCCCCACAAAUCUUUUGCGAGUUUUUGUCUGAUUCAGGGUUGUACAUAAUCAGCUGUGAGCUGGUUAGGCAUUUUACUGCUUCUUUAGAGAAAGAGGAAGUGGUGAAUAAAAUAUUAGACUGAA